AUGAGCGAGUCAUAUGGCCCUCUCGUCCGCCUCUGGGGCAUUCAUCCUUCUAAAAUCCCUGCUGCAGGGGCCCAUGCUGAAGAGCUCAAGGUUCUUCUGACCUCAUUCCUUCUCGAAGCUGUGCACUUUAUAAGCACCGUCCCUUCCGAGACCCCGUCUCUUGAGCCUGCUACAGAGCUUCGCUCUACCUCUGAAGUAUGGAAGCACAAAACCAUCAAGACGUACGACGGAUCUACGGCUCCUGUACAUGUAUUUGAGCGCAAUGUAGAUGCCGAAACGCUAGAAGUUGUCGCACAGAAGAAUCCUGGUCUGGGUGUCAAUCCCGGCAAAGCUCAGUCAGAGUUAUGGGCGCUACGACGAAGCACUCACGAGCCAAAGAAGGAGAAGGGAACCGCAGCUUGGGAUGAGUUCGUGAGGUGCUUUAAGGAAAAGCAUGCUGAGGCCGAAACAGUCUUUACACCAAGUGUGGUGAGCUUCAAGCGGCUACAAGAGUGGGAUUGCUCAGGCAUUGAGAUCCAAUUGGGAGGCGAGACUUGGACCGACUGGACGCUUCGGCGCGAGGAGUCUGUUCAUGAUCUCCCCGGGCCGUUGGCGAAGCGUGUCUUUCCCGUCCUGCAGGCCACGACCGCUGUACGUGGCCGCAAGGAGUUUUUGGUUAUUCAAAUCGCUGUCCGGGCUGACGAUGGAGCGACAGACGUGGCCGUUCACGAGGGCCCCAUCCGAGCAGCUUACUCGAGCAUUGAGCGGGUCAGGGAGUUGGACAAUAGGAAAUUGGAGUGGAUAAUGACAACGGCGUCUGAUGCAAGAGGUUUGGUGCCUAUGUGGGCGCAGAAGCUGGGUUUGUCUGCAGCCAUAGCUAAGGAUGUGGGUAUGUUCAUGGAGUGGAUUGGAAAGGAGAGGCUGAAGGGUAAAGAUGCUGAGGUUAUCGGCGAUCUGGAAUAA